AUGCCCAACGACACGGAAAUAGCUUCAUCCGAAGCAGGGGCCGCAGGGGCCGGAGCGCCCAGGUGGAGAAUAUCCAAAGCAUGCCAACAGUGCCGACGCAGGAAGAUUCGCUGCGAUGGCGGCGAGCCUUGUCAGCACUGCAAGCAGAAAAAGUUGGAGUGCGAGUAUCGCGGGUUUGUGCGACAGCGGAAACGGAAGCAUGAGCUUCUAAGUAAGAAUGAGGAUGCUGCCGAUGCUGGUGAGACUGGUGAGACUGAUGAUGGGGAAGAUGGGGAUGAUGCGGCAAUCCUGGAUAUGACAGCUUCUGCGUCAGCUCGAGGGAAAGGCAUUGCGGUGAAUCGCAAGGGUUCAAGGUCGAUAUCAGGUCCCAGUCACGGUGCUGCUGCUGAAGGUGGCAGCAGAAGAAAUGAUCUCGUUGAUUACAGCGUUGCCGCGACGCAUGUUGCUUCACCUUCAUGCGUGAUUCAGCUAUACUACGGCCCGCAUUCCAAUUUUUCACUUAUGCAGCUGAUGUAUCGCCAAUUAGUCGAUGGGCUUGGUGCCAGCGAAAGCAACAACACAUCGUCUUCACGAAGAGACGAAGUCGAAGAAGUCGGGCCGGGGCUGGAUCUGUUCAGUUUCCGUCGCCUGUUCUUCGGCGACCUCGCGGGUAAUCAGGAUGCAUCUCUUUCUGGAGGGCUGGGAUCGGGCUUGAAUUCAUUAUUCUUCAUUCAUCCUUCGACAGCUUCAAAGUAUCUUGAAAGAUUUUUGUCGACCAUUUACUACUUUUGCCCUUGGAAGUCCAAGGAAAGAUAUCGACAGAUGCUCAAUGGCCUGUAUCAGACAAAUAAUGAUAUGUCUGCGGAUAAUCCGCAGACGACACUGUUAAUUCUCAUGCUAGCACUAGGUGCAGCCGAGAUGAGGGAUGACGAGAUGGUCAACCUUCCCUGCUCGGAUGCUUCUAUGCUGACCCUUGAUUACGCUCAUUAUCAAUCCGAAAAAGCCAGACCUAACUCUGCUUUUCUCUGCCUUGGAACCGCGACAAGAAAGGCUCUUGCAGCUGGAUUGCACAAGAAUACGCGUUUCAAGGUCGAACAGACGACAGAGGAUGCCGAGGAGAAGAGGCUGACUUUUUGGAGUUUGUUUUUCUACGAUAUUUGGAUAUGCUUCGGUCUCGGCCGUUCGAUGACUAUACCAGCCCAUGAAAUCACCAUACCAAACCCCAAGGAGCAGCCAAUGUUACUUGCCCUUGUUGAAAUAGCGCGUAUCAUGGCUCSAGCUGCGCAUAACAUGUACAGUCAACGACACGAUUCUUUACUGUUGAUGUGGAAAAGUGCCAAAGAAAUCCGUAAGGACGCUCAAGCUUUCGCCCGCCGUGUACAAGGUGUCUUGAAUUUUGGGCUUGAUGCUUCUCCGAAGACUGGAGAGGUUGGUGUCUGCCAAAUCGUUCUUCAAUUAUUGUAUCAUAAUACGCUACUUCUCACGUUCCGGCCCUUCCUCGUCUUUAGAGCAAGAUGGCGCCGAGAUGGGAUCAUGAAACAAAAUGAGAAUCCAUCGGCUAGCAGUGACAAAAGUGAGCAAAGCGCCACUCCUCCGUGGCUCGACGAAGCGUGUGAGAGCUGCUUGGAAGCUGCGCGAUGCAUGAUCCGGAACCUCUCCGGAGCCUGUGAAGUCAAUCAAUAUGUUCGGGAAAUUAACUACCAUGGCUUCCACCUCGAAACCGCCUGCUUCACCCUCGCCUUCGACAUGAUGCACUCGACCCCUCAAGCCGCCGAAAAGCAUCUGCCGUGGGUCCGCUUAGGCCUACGGUGCAUGUCCAUCAUGAUACCAGAGGGCGAAUACAAAGGACAAACCUACCUCACCAUGAAUGCAGUCCAGCAAAUGCUCAUCGCUGUAUUUCCGGAAUUAAAGACUGCUACAGGUCCGGAUCUUUCGUCUCCUGAUGAUAGUAAUCGAUUCGAUAGCGAAGUGUAUGACAGAUCGUCACUCGGGGAUAAUGUCAGCAGCAGUCUGAGCGAACGUAAUUACAAUCUACCAACAAGAAACCCGAUGUCCAAUGAUGCACAUUUCGCAAGCGGACAGCAGCAACAGUACGCUCGACAGCAGCAAAUAUAUAACCCUUCCCCCACCGCACUCCUAGACGACUACAACAACAACAUCUACACCAACCCAUCUACCUUCUUCACUUCUCUCGGGCAAAAUCUCAUGGCCACUCCUGUCAGUUCUACAGAAAGCAGUGCCAACAACGCAAACACCAUUUCAUCAGCCGACGAUAUCGGCAUGGUCGACUUUACGCAUGCAGAUAUACCGAUCGAUUGGAAGGACUUUGACUUUUCGACUAUGGAUCUAGACACCUUUAUGUCUAUUGAUCCGGUGAAUUCGUCUGCCGCGAAUAUUAACAAUCAUGCUGUCAAUUAUUUGAAUACUUUUGGUGGCGGUACAGGGCAUGGACCUGGAGGUUGGGGCGGGAAUGAUUUUGGGAGKGGAUUUAUGUCUGCAAGAUGA